AUGAAUAUUCAAAGUUUUUCUCUUCUUUGUAGAGCAUGCUUGAGCUCUAAUGAAUUAAAAUCUUUGUUUGCUUCACAGUUGCAUAUUAUUUAUGAAAAAAUAACAGAAUUGAAGAUUACAGUUGAUGAUAAGUUACCCCAAAGUUUGUGUACAACAUGCUCUAAUAAGUUAGAGGAUAUAUCCAAGUUUAUUGAAACUUGUCGGGUAACUGAUAAUUAUUUAAAAAAUCUGUUAGUUGAUGAUACUAACAUCAAAGAUGAAGAUAUUUCAUACGAAAUUGAAGUUGUUUCGGAAGAUUUUAACAAUGUCUUGCCAGAAGAAAAUGGAGAAGAGGUUUUACCUAAAAGUCCUAGUAACCAAAAUUGUAACAUAAAUUUAAGGGAGCCUCAUGUAAAAAAAAAGAACUAUUGUGAAACAUGUGGUAAAAGUUUUUCUAGUGUUGAAAAAUUGAAAAGACACAAUGCAAUUCAUUUAGGAAUUAAAUUAUUUGAAUGUACAAAUUGUGAUAAGAAGUUUAGUCAAAAAGGUCUUUUAUGGAGGCAUUUUUUAAUUCAUACAGGUGAUAAACCUUUUGAAUGUAAUCUUUGUGGUAAAAAAUAUAGAAGAAAAAAACAAAUACAAGAUCACAUUCAAAAACAUCAUCCAAAUGUACCUUCUAAAGAAUAUGAUACUAUUAUUACGAAACAAGAAAUUAAAAUGUAUGAGCAAGAGACUGUUACAAAAACAAUUCCAAACAUAUUUCCUAAAAUUGAGACAGAAUUUAAUGAUUUAGAACCUGAACUAGCUGAUAAUGUGGACGAUAAUAUGUCAGAACCUGAAAUAUAUGAAAUAUCAGAAGAAAUAAAAAAUGAACCUUCAGUCAAAAUUGAAAAAACUGAUUUUCAACUGCAAACUAAAUUGGAUGAAUCAGAUUUUAUUGAUGGAGAAACAAAUUCAGAGGUGGAUGAUAUGCCUCCAGUUAAAAAGAAAAGGAUAGAAUUGUGCUUGUGCAGUCUGUGUGGCAAACAGUUUAAGAGACAUGAAUACCUUAGGAACCAUAUGGCUAUUCAUAUGAAUAUCAAACCCUUUACUUGCAAUGUUUGUGGAACAGGAUUCACGCAAAGGCAAGCUCUCGCCAGGCACCAUCUUGUCCAUACUAAAGAGAGGCCUCAUAAAUGUACAUACUGUGACAAGACAUUUAUUCGCAAAGAAAAAUUGACGGACCAUGUUAGGUUCCAUGAAGAAGGUGCACCUCCACAUUUAUGUUUCCAUUGUGGAAAGCGUUUCAAAGACAGAGAGUAUCUUAGGAAGCACUUACAGUACUUCUUAAGGGGUGGAAAAAAUCGCUGGCGACCAGAAACAAAAAGAUGUUUAUGCCCGGAAUGUGGCAAAGAUUUCCAGUCAAAAUCGUACUUGAAGCGACAUAUGAAUUCUCACACUGGAGUGAAACCAUAUAGCUGCGAAAUUUGUAACAAAUCGUUUGCUGUCAAUGCUGGACUUGAAUAUCACAUGAAAAUUCACAAGGGUGUGAAACCUUUUAAAUGUUCCGAAUUGGAAUGUAACAAAACAUUUAGAACUAAUUAUGCAAAGAAAGUUCAUGAAAAGAUGCAUGGUACCGAACGUCCUUAUAAAUGCGAUAUCUGCAACAAAGGAUUUGUAAGAAAUAGUCACCUAAAGAGGCAUCUCAAACUUCAUGAAGAAAAUUCGGAAUCAGUAUCUGCCAAUACCUGA